GCCGCGGCGCGACCCGGAAGCAAAGCACCCCCACUUCCGGUGGGGGACGGAACCCCGUUCCCAUAGCAACGGCGGAUGCUCCCCGCCAUGGCUGGGCAUGACGUUUUUAAAGUGUCUUUUGUAUUUCCAAAUAAAGACAAGUAUGAUGGUGAGUGUACAAGAACACCAGAUGGUGUUCUCGAGAGGAAUGGAAAUGGAGUUCAUACCACCCCAAAUGGAAUCACUUACAAAGGAAACUGGAAAAAUGAUAAGAUGAACGGCUUAGGGAGGCUUGAACAUCCAUCAGGCGCAGUUUAUGAAGGCGAGUUCAAGGACAACAUGUUUCAUGGAACUGGAACGUACACAUUUCCUAAUGGAGCAAAGUACAUUGGAAAUUUCAAUGAAAACAAGAGACCUGGAACACAGACAUUUCUUCACUGAUGGAUAUGCUAAUAAACUUAACUACAACUUUAAAAUACAACACAGACAUGCACCGAACCUCGCCAACCUCAUCACCAGAAGCAAACUUCCUCAAGCCCAGAACACACCAAAAGGAUCCAGACCGUGCCAGGACAAGAAAUGCAAAACCUGCCAACACAUCUCCACCACCCCCACUAUUACUACACCCCACAACAGAGCCAUCAGCAUCCCAGGAUCUUACAGCUGCACCUCCAGAAAUGUAAUAUACCUCAUCCAAUGCACCAAAUGCCCUGAUGGAAGAUAUGUAGGAGAGACCAAACAACAACUGCACACCAGAAUGAAUGCACGCCAGAAAUCCAUCAAAGACAGAAACACUCAAUUACUGGUGGAGGCACAUUUCUCACAGGAGGGCCACUCUCUCCCCAAUCUCUCAGUCCUGAUCCUCAAGGGAAACUUACACAACACUUCCCAGAGACGAGCCUAUGAGCUCCAUUUCAUCAACCUGCUGGAUACUAGAGAUCAGGGACUAAACAUAGACAUUGGAUUUUUGAUACAUUACAAUCUGCCUGGCAAUUGACUCCCCAGCCCAGCCCAGCCCAGCCCCUGGCUUCUUUACUUUUCAUUCCAUCCAGGAAGAGCACACACCGACUGCUGAAACUUCCUCAGCCUAACGAAGGGUUUUUGAACCCGAAAGCUUGCUUAAUAACUAUUCUCCAACCAUUUGGGUUGGUCUAAUAAAAGAUAUCAAAUUCACCCAAGGAACCUUGCCUGUCUAUGUCCUUAGACCAACACAGCUACAACCUAAACCCCUGCAACACAGACAUGCAGCUUUUGAGAAAUGAAUUGAAAAUGACAGUUAGGAGUUUUCCCACAGGACCAUGCAAAACCCUGCACUAUAACAAUGAUUAUUGUUAAAGACAGGAAAAGCAAAAGGGAAGCUGACAUUGAUAGCAAUAGGAUCAUACAGUCUCAUGCAGACUAAUGCAAAUAUACAUCUUGAAGGUGCCACUAUUUUAUCAAAAUCAGGAUAUGUUCUAUGGAGCUUAGACCUAAUGACUUCAGGUCAUGAUUGAGUUAGUGAAGUUGUGUCUUCCUGGGUCAUUUGCUGUGAGGAAGCUGCUGAAUACUCAUUGCUCCAACGGGCAAGUAGAUGUUGCCUGGCUGGCUUACUUCUCUUGUUGGCCCUUUUGAAGUCUUUCUGGUUUAUGGGUCAGAAACUAUAGACUCCCAUGGGGAAGAAACUGGAGGGAGCCAUUUGCUUCCUGUGGCUGGGAAGAGAUGUUGGGGCCUAAUUUCAAACUCCUACUGGUCUGCUGCUCCAAAUAGUUGUUCUGGAACACUUACCCCACAUAUUCACAGUACAUUGAUCUCACUCUUCUUUAUGCUG